AUGUUACACUACUUAUAUGUAAUAUGUAUUUCAUUAAAAUUCAGCAGUGGUCUGGAUAUAUUUGGAUCCUCCUGUGUUACGCCGCCUCUAUUAUGUCCAAAUGAAAACAUUACAUUUUGGCUAUAUACACGGAAAACAGCAGAUACUCCCACGGAAAUCAAAACAAAAGAUAUCGAAUCGAUACGCUCCGCUCCGUGGGUGAAGAAUGCUCCAAUCAAAAUUCUAAUCCAUGGUUACACGGGGCAUAGAGACUUCUCUCCUAACACGGAAAUACGACCAGCAUACUUCGAUUGCUGUGACUACAACAUCAUAUCCAUAGACUAUAAUCCAUUAGCUUUAGAGCCAUGCUACAUCCAAGCAGCCGCCAAUACAGAGCUGGUAGGUAUGUGCACAGCCCUCCUGAUUGAUGAGCUGGUGAAUGAAGGCUUCAGACUGGAAGACAUUCACGUUAUAGGGUUUAGUCUUGGUGGUCAGGCAGCCGGGUUUAUUGCUAAUUAUAUACAGUCAGGUCAAAUUGUGAGAAUAACAGCACUCGACCCAGCCUUACCGCUAUUCGUGACACUGGACAAAGACAAGAAAAUAGAUGCUAGCGAUGCUAAAUUCGUAGAUGUACUUCAUACGAAUUCGUUACAAAAAGGAAAAUUGGAACGUUCUGGCCAUUUAGAUAUCUUUGCUAAUAAUGGCGUAGAUCAACCGGGUUGUUCAUCUACUGAAAAUCAAACCGAAUCCGCCUGCAGUCACUCCAGAGCUCCAUUGUAUUAUGCAGAGUCUAUAACAACGAAGACUGGCUUCUACGCUUCAAAAUGCUACUCGUGGUUUACAUAUAUCUUGGGUUUGUGCCACCUUAUUGGCACAGAAGAUGAGAUACUUGUCGGUGAAUAUGUUUCCAAAAAUGAAUCUGGCGUAUAUUUCUUUUCUACGAACUCCGAAUCGCCGUAUGCACGUGGACCGUCCAAUUCCUCAAACUAUUCUGAUGUUUACGACGACUCUUAUGAGAACAACUCACUAAUUUCAUCAUUAUCUACCUCUUUAUUUGGAUGA